AUGGGCAAUUCAAAUUCCAAGUCGCGUUCUGCCACCUACCCUAACCCCGAAAAACCCAAGCUACAUUCAAGACUUAGUGACCUCACACUAAACGAUCAAGAGGUUGAUGCGGAGCCUUCGCUUUCAGUGCGGAUAGAAAGUGUGGUCAAGUGGGAGGAGCGACUCCUUUCAGACCCCAAGAAUCGGCUUGCUCUCGCCGCUCUCAGUACACAUGCAGCCACAUCGAUUCUCCAAAAUCCAUCCGUUCUGUUAAGCGAUACACACAUAUUCAGUGAUAAGAUUGAGUUAGAGGGGACACCAGUCACAAAUCAACGUUCGUCCGGCAGAUGCUGGUUGUUUGCUUCGACCAAUGUCUUUCGUAUUGGAUUGAUCAAGAAGUAUAAACUCUCAAGCUUUGAGCUUUCACAGAGCUACCUAUUUUUCUGGGACAAACUCGAGAAGGCAAACUUCUUCCUCGAGCAGGUUAUUGAUACUCUUGAUGAGCCACUCGAUGGCAGACUCAUGCAGUACCUGUUGACGAGCCCUGUUGGCGACGGUGGCCAAUGGGACAUGGUGGUCAACUUGGUCGAGAAAUACGGCUUGGUCCCUCAAGCUUUGUAUCCCGAUUCUUUCAAUGCCAAAGCAUCGGCCCGUAUCAACUGGCUUAUAACUGCAAAGCUGCGUGAGGCAACAUUAGUGCUCCGUGAUAUCGCCGGCUCCUCGACCGCUGGCACUAAAAAGUCUGACGAGCUGCAAUCCUAUAAAGCUAAGAUUGUCCAACAAGUCUACGGGAUCCUCGUGCUAGCACUUGGCGCCCCACCGAAGCCAGAAGAUACGUUUACAUGGACCUACUAUGAAAAGGACGGGAAGUGCAAUACCCUUACGACCACUCCAAUCGCCUUCUAUAAAGACAACAUGGGUGCCUGCUCUAUGGGAGCUUCUGGAAUGUUGGAUACCGUCAGUGGAGUUCUCAGCAGCAGUGACAAGGGUAUCGGCGAACGUUUCUCCCUUGUCAACGACCCCAGAAAUCCUUACAAUAGGCUCAUGACCGUUGAGCGCCUUGGAAACAUUGUUGGCGCUCGAGGUGUGACAUAUGUCAACGUUGAUAUGGAUGUCAUGAAGGCCGCCUGUAUUGCCAUGAUCAAGUCCCAGCGCCCUGUCUUUUUUGGUUGUGAUGUUGGAAAAUUCGCAGAUACCCAAAAAGGCAUUUUGGAUACAAAUCUUUUCGAUUACGAGCUUGGAUUCAAUGUCACGUUGGGUAUGAGCAAAGCCCAACGCCUCCUCACCCACGAGUCUUCUAUGACCCAUGCCAUGACCCUCACUGGUGUGCAUAUCGUCGACGGCAAGCCCGUGAAAUGGCGUAUCGAAAACUCUUGGGGUGCAGAUUCUGGCGAGAAGGGCUACUUGGUCAUGAGCGAUGAUUGGAUGACUGAGUAUUGCUACCAAGCGGUGGUGGACCCUGCAUUUGUUAGUAAGGAGAUUCUAGACGUACUCAAACAACAUCCAGUUGUAUUGCCGAUCUGGGAUCCAAUGGGAAGUCUUGCUUAG